AGAUUGUGCAAAGACAUUCGCCAACCUUCGACCAUUUUCCAACGCUGAUACACAGACAGUGAGUGAGCCAUGAUGCGCCGAGGAGGUCGUGGUGGUGGUCAUCGUCGCUCCCACCAAAAGCACCGACACCACGAGCGCGAACAAGCGCCACAGCACCCUGAAGCGAAGAAACCCAAACCAGACAGUGGCUUUUUACCCCACCCACAACACCAACACCACCAACACCACCAACACCACCACCAACAACACCCCGAAAACCAACACAACCCACACUUGGACUUGGACGUCCUCUCAAACCCGCACACGCUUGACGUGCAACAAUUACGUGCCUUGCUCACUUCGCGCGGGAUCGACGUUGCGGAAACCGCAACGCGAGAUGACCUGCUGCAAGCUUUCGUGCAGUUUGUUGCGCCAAAGCCACAGCGUGAGCCAAGAUCUUCCAGACGACGACAGCAGCGCGAGGAGCAGCGACACCAAAAGCAACUGCAACUUGCAGCACGCGUCAAGCGUAUGGCUGCAAAACGCAGAACACCAGCUCAACCACAGGACGUGCUGGACAGCGAAGGCCGAGAAUUGAAACGCACAAAGGAGACUGAUCACCACGUAAGAACAAUGGACAAGCAUGCUGGCCAUGGCGCUGAGCUCGUCACAGAUGAGCAUGGCGAACAAGUGGUGAAGAAGCCCAAUGGUUUUCAGUUCAAGGUGAUAACGUGGCCAUGACCCGGCAACCAACUACAAGACCAAUUCACGGUUACAACUUUUUGACACGCGGGAACGUGGGACCAGCCAGCACCGUCAUCCAUGACUUGCGCAGCUCUUGCAUGUCAUCUUCUCCAACCUCAAACCCGCCGCCUGCUGUACACUCCGAGUAAAUGCCUUCAAUCUCGCCACGCAGUUCACUCAUCA